CCAGGGUGGGGGGCAGCGGCGGGGAGCUGCCCGGCGCCGCUGCGGGGCGGCCAUGGGCAGGAAGGAGCGCGAUAAGAAGAAGUCCAAGAAGCGCCAUUAUGAUGACGACGAAGACGAUGAAGACGAAGCUCCAGGCAGGGAGUCGCAGGAGGCUGUGCCUUCCGCCGCGGGGAAGCAGGUGGAGGACAACAGCACCAAAGUGGACGAGUACGGGGCGAAGGACUACAGGCAUCAGAUGCCUCUGAAGGCCGACCACUCCUCGCGUCCUCUCUGGGUGGCUCCUGAUGGGCACAUUUUUUUAGAAGCCUUUUCUCCAGUUUACAAAUAUGCACAGGACUUUCUGGUUGCCAUUGCUGAGCCUGUGUGCCGACCAACCCACAUUCAUGAGUACAAGCUGACUGCUUACUCACUGUAUGCUGCUGUUAGUGUUGGCUUACAAACAAGUGACAUCACAGAGUAUUUACAAAAGCUGAGCAAGACUGGUGUCCCAGAUGGAAUAAUUCAGUUUAUCAAGCUGUGUACUGUCAGCUAUGGGAAGGUGAAGCUGGUACUUAAACAUAACAGGUAUUUUGUGGAAAGUACCCACCCUGACGUCAUUCAGCAGCUUCUGCAGGACCAUGUAAUAAAAGACUGUCGCCUGAGAAACGCUGAGGGUGAAGAAACCGAGCUCAUCACAGAGACGUUCACAAGUAAACCAGCGAUUUCCAAAUCCAGUGAAGGUAGCUUUGGUCCAUCAACAUCACAGGGAACAGAUGCUCAGAAUAAGCCGGAUGUCCCAGCUGACUUAUUUGAGUUUUAUGAGCAGAUGGACAAAGAUGAGGAGGAGGAGGAAGAAACACAGACUGUCUCAUUUGAAGUCAAGCAGGAGAUGAUUGAAGAACUUCAGAAGCGUUGUAUCCAUUUGGAGUACCCCUUGCUAGCAGAAUAUGAUUUCAGAAAUGAUUCUGUGAAUCCUGAUAUUAAUAUAGAUCUGAAACCUACAGCUGUCCUCAGGCCCUAUCAAGAAAAAAGCUUGAGGAAGAUGUUUGGAAAUGGGCGAGCCAGAUCUGGUGUUAUUGUCUUGCCAUGUGGUGCUGGAAAGUCUCUAGUUGGAGUGACAGCUGCAUGUACUGUCCGCAAGCGGUGUCUGGUCCUUGGUAAUUCUGCAGUCUCUGUAGAGCAAUGGAAAGCUCAAUUCAAAAUGUGGUCCACCAUUGACGACAGUCAGAUAUGUCGGUUCACUUCUGAUGCUAAAGACAAGCCCAUUGGCUGUUCUGUUGCUAUCAGCACUUAUUCCAUGUUGGGACACACAACAAAAAGGUCCUGGGAAGCUGAGAGAGUAAUGGAGUGGCUUAAAAGUCAAGAGUGGGGCCUUAUGAUACUUGAUGAAGUACAUACUAUCCCUGCAAAAAUGUUCAGACGUGUGCUCACUAUUGUGCAAGCUCAUUGUAAACUGGGGCUGACUGCUACCUUGGUCAGAGAAGAUGAUAAAAUUGUUGACCUGAACUUCCUGAUUGGACCAAAACUCUAUGAAGCCAACUGGAUGGAGCUGCAGAACAGUGGCUACAUUGCUAAAGUCCAGUGUGCUGAGGUUUGGUGCCCGAUGUCACCCGAGUUCUACAGAGAAUACGUAGCUAUCAAAACCAAGAAGCGGAUACUGCUGUACACCAUGAACCCAAACAAGUUCAGAGCCUGCCAGUUCCUCAUCAGGUUCCACGAGCGGCGGAAUGACAAAAUCAUCGUGUUCGCAGACAACGUCUUUGCACUGAAGGAGUAUGCCAUCCGGCUCGGCAAACCCUAUAUAUAUGGCCCCACUGCACAAGGAGAAAGAAUGCAAAUUCUACAAAACUUCAAGCACAAUCCAAAAAUCAACACUAUUUUCAUUUCCAAGGUAGGUGACACAUCCUUCGAUCUGCCAGAAGCCAAUGUUCUGAUUCAGAUUUCCUCCCAUGGCGGGUCUCGAAGACAGGAGGCUCAGAGACUGGGGCGAGUGCUGAGAGCCAAAAAAGGCAUGGUUGCAGAAGAGUACAAUGCCUUUUUUUAUUCUCUGGUAUCCCAAGACACUCAAGAAAUGGCAUAUUCAACCAAGCGACAACGGUUUCUUGUAGAUCAAGGUUAUAGCUUCAAGGUAAUAACAAAGCUUGCAGGCAUGGAAGAAGAAGAACUUGCGUUUUCAUCCAAAGAAGAACAGCAGCAGCUUCUCCAGAAGGUUUUGCAAGCAUCUGACCUGGAUGCUGAAGAGGAAGUAGUUGCUGGAGAAUUUGGGUCUAAGUCAGCUCAGGUGUCGCGCCGUGUGGGCACGAUGAGCUCCAUGUCGGGAGCGGAUGACACAGUGUACAUGGAGUACCACUCUGCUCGCAGCAGGGCUGCUGCCAGCAAGCACAUCCACCCGCUCUUCAAACGCUUCCGCAAGUGACCUCCUGCGGCCGGGCGCUUGCUGCUGCGCUGCGUCGCCGGUUCCUGUCUGUAGCUGAAAGCGUGGAGUUGGAAUUUCUGACAGGUCCUUCCAAAGACUCUUCUGUUACAUGCGUCUGUAUAGCCUCAUCUUUCCUCAGCAGUGAGUGUGCUUUCAUGGGGGGUGUGAAAGGAAGAGAGGAACCGCCUUCUACCGCAGGAAAUACACUAUCCAGCGACUGGGUCCUGGCUAUAACUGUCUGGUUUUCAGGGUAAUUGAUAGAAUUUAUUUUUGUCAGCUGAAGACCCUUUUUCAGAAGAAUUCUGGAGAGGUUUUGUACAUGAAGUUUGUACUGAUGUUGGCAACAUUAUUUAUCUGAUUGUUGUGUCUGUUUUUUAAAAUGCUGAAAUAAAAGCUAUUCAUUCAGCUGAACAGAUCCUGACAGUAGCACUUUAUAUAACCUGGAAGCUGAUUAGGACUUAACCUUUCUUAAAAUUCUAACAAAUUGUGUGAAAUUAUUUUGCAGUUCAAAGGCAAAGAGGACUCUUGUCUCCAGAGUAAACUCAAGCAAAGCACUAGUAAAUACAGAUGAAUUCUGUGCUCCGUUUUCCUCGUUUGUGUGGCUACUGUUGAGAAGGUGCUGAAAUAAAGGCCCUUUCCCUUGUCA